AUGCCGGAGCCGAUGCUGAGCGUACAGCCUAAGCUCAUAAUGUUGGGCUUAGGGAGAGCGCCCGGCGAGUCUCUGGGCAUGAAUGCCAAUAGAUCGAGGAACAAUAGUUCGCCUGAGCAGAGAUCCCCUCCAGAGUCUCCACACUCCACAGACGUACUAGCGAUACCCAAACUCACAAUUUUAGGAGCCUCUUAUAUACUAGUCCCUUUCUAUAUCUACUACUCUUCGAUCUUGAACUCCAUCUAUCCGAGGCUCAAAUUCUUCCGCCUCCCUCUAGCCCUCCUAUAUGCUUGGUAUGCCACGAAGAAGUCUGCGCUACAUCAUCCCACCAUAUAG